UUGAGGUUUGCCAGGACAAUGAUUUUUACUGUGGAGGAGAUCAACAGAGAUAAUACGCUUCUUCCCGGAGUGAGUCUUGGCUACAGGUUGUACAACGGCUGUGGGAGUGAAAACCUGAUUCGAGCGGCCAUAGAAGCUGUGAACGGAGAGGAUUCGAGGGGCUGCAGCAGUAAGAUCCAGGCUGUCUUAGGCCAUUCGUCCUCUGGAGUGAGCAAAGUCAUAAACAGAAUACUGAGCUCGCUGUCAAUCCCACAGGUGAGCCAUCUCUCCACCUGCGCUUGUUUAAGUGACAAAAGACAGUACCCCACAUUCUUCAGGACUGUGCCAAGUGACCGCUUCCAAAUCACUGGCCUGGUGCAGCUUAUGAAGUACUUUGACUGGCGCUGGGUGGGGAUUAUUUAUUCUACAGGUUUAUACUCAGAAGAAGGCACAACUGAGUUUGUUAAGGAUGCUGGGAAAGAGGGCAUAUGUGUUGAAUACAGCCUGCUUUACUCAAAGUCAAAUGAAAAAAGGUUUGACACUGUUAUAGCCACACUCAGAAAAUCCUCGGCCAAAGUGGUCCUGUUGUUUAUGUCCUUCUAUUACGUCAAGAUUUUCCUGGCAAAAAUGGAAACCUAUAACAUCACUGGAAAGCAGUGGGUUGGCACCGAGUCUUGGAUCACACAAGCACACCUGGCUUCUGUUGACACCAAGCACAUUUUGCAGGGGGCGAUGGGCUUUGCUCUCCCUCAGGCAUCCAUACCGGGUCUUGGUGACUUCUUGCUUAGCCUGAAACCGUCUGAUGAACCACAGAGUGAUGUCGUUAAAGCUUUCUGGGAGAAGUUCUUCGACUGCAGCUUCUCUCCAUCAAAUACCUCGACUAUGUGUACCGGGACAGAGGACCUACGGACAGUCUCCAACGACUACACAGAUGUGGAAUUUUUCAGGGCAGAGAAUAAUGUGUAUAAAGCUGUGUACUUGUUAGCAUACGCCCUGCACGCACUACUGCAAUGUCAAAAUGACUCAAAUCCUACCACAGGAAAGCCCUGUGUGAGCAAGGAUGAAGUUCAACCUAAGUUAGUGCUGGAACACAUAAAGUAUGUGAACUUCACAACGGUAAACGGUGCGAAGGUUUCCUUUGAUGAAAACGGCGACUCGAUCGCCCAGUACGACUUGGUAAACUGGCAGAUGACAGACAACGGCUCUGUCGAAAUCGUAAACAUCGGUCAAUAUGAUACCUCGUUUCCGGACGGGGAAAAAUUCAAACUGAAAAAAGACACUAAGAUAGUUUGGGGGGGAAACAAUAACGAGGUGCCGAGGUCUGUGUGCAGAGAACCGUGUCCACCGGGGACUCGAAAAGCCAUAAACAAGAAUAAGCCUGUGUGCUGCUUUGACUGCUUUGAGUGCCCCGAGGGAACAAUUAGCAAUCAGACAAAUUCUCCAGACUGCCUGAUCUGUCCGCCUGAAUUCUGGCCGAAUGAAAAGAGGGACCGGUGUCUUCCCAAACCUACUGAAUACCUUUCCUACAAAGAGAUCAUGGGAGCACUUCUGACUGGCUUUGGUUUAGUUGGUGUAUUUUUAUCUCUUCUGAUAUCAGUAAUAUUUUUGACCCAUAAGGAGACUCCCAUCGUCAGAGCCAACAACUCUGAGCUGAGCUUCCUGCUGCUCCUCUCAUUAAAGCUGUGCUUCCUGUGCUCUCUGACCUUCAUCGGUCAGCCCACCGAGUGGUCCUGCAUGCUGCGGCACACAGCGUUCGGCAUCACCUUCGUCCUCUGUAUCUCCUGUGUUCUGGGGAAAACAAUAGUGGUGCUGAUGGCCUUUAAGGCGACACUUCCAGGUAGAAAUGUGAUGAAAUGGUUCGGGCCUGCACAGCAGAGACUCAGUGUUCUGACUUUCACCCUCAUUCAGGUUGUGAUUUGCAUUCUGUGGCUGACAAUCAAUCCUCCUUUUCCCUUUAAAAAUAUGAAUCAUUACAAAGAGAAGAUUAUACUCGAGUGUGCUCUGGGAUCACCUGUUGGAUUCUGGGCUGUGCUGGGUUAUAUCGGACUCCUUGCUGUCUUGUGUUUUAUUCUUGCUUUUCUUGCUCGGAAGUUGCCCGACAGUUUUAAUGAAGCUAAACUGAUCACCUUCAGCAUGCUGAUAUUCUGUGCAGUGUGGAUCACCUUCAUCCCAGCUUAUGUUAGCUCUCCUGGAAAGUUCACUGUGGCUGUGGAGAUAUUUGCUAUUCUGGCCUCCAGUUUUGGUUUGCUUGUGUGCAUUUUUGUUCCAAAAUGCUAUAUCAUUAUCUUCAGGCCAGAACAAAAUUCGAAAAAGCAUUUGAUGGGGAAAAUACCACCGAGAACUCUUUAG